GGUCGGCGCCGCAGCGCCGCGCAGGCGCCCUAGGGCCGCGCCGAGCCGAGCCCCUCCUGCUCGCUCUCAGAGUCAAAAUGGCGGCGAGGGGAACCUGGAGCAGUCCCGGAGCCUGAGCCGCUAACAGGAGUGGAGAGGGCGGCGGCGGCGGCGGGAGGAGGAGGAUGGCCCGGGGCGCUGGCGCCGGUGCGGGCGGCGGUGCGGGCGGCGGCGGCGGCGGGGGCGACGGCCGCGGGCCCAGCGGCGGGAGCAGCCUCGGGGAAAUGGAUGAAAAGAGGCUGCUGGAUCCAGGGUUGAAAGUUCGUAGAGGCAUCUGGGAUUAUACUCUGAGGAACCAGCAGAUGGAAUGCCUGAGUGACUGAAGAAAAUGGGUGCUAAUGCAUCUAACUAUCCUCAUUCAUGUUCCCCGAGGGUAGGGGGAAAUUCUCAAGCCCAACAGACUUUUAUAGGGACAUCAUCUUAUUCUCAGCAAGGCUAUGGUUGUGAAUCAAAAUUGUAUAGCCUUGACCAUGGCCAUGAGAAACCACAAGACAAAAAAAAGAGAACCUCUGGCCUCGCCACCCUCAAAAAGAAGUUUAUUAAGCGUCGGAAAUCUAAUAGAUCUGCUGAUCACGCCAAGCAGAUGCGAGAACUCCUCUCUGGGUGGGAUGUCAGAGACGUCAAUGCAUUAGUGGAGGAAUAUGAGGGAACUUCAGCCUUAAAGGAGCUUUCUCUACAAGCCAGUUUGGCUAGACCCGAAGCCCGGACAUUGCAGAAAGAUAUGGCCGAUCUUUAUGAGUACAAAUAUUGUACUGAUGUAGACUUAAUAUUUCAAGAAACUUGUUUUCCUGUUCAUCGUGCCAUUUUGGCAGCAAGGUGUCCAUUUUUUAAAACACUGCUUUCUUCCUCACCUGAGUAUGGGGCAGAGAUCAUAAUGGACAUCAACACAGCCGGUAUAGAUAUGCCCAUGUUUUCUGCUUUGCUACACUACCUGUAUACAGGAGAAUUUGGAAUGGAGGACUCAAGGUUUCAAAAUGUCGAUAUCCUGGUUCAGCUCAGUGAAGAAUUUGGAACACCAAAUUCCCUGGAUGUAGAUAUGCGUGGACUCUUUGACUACAUGUGCUACUAUGACGUCGUCCUUAGUUUUUCUUCAGACUCUGAACUGGUUGAAGCUUUUGGUGGAAAUCAGAACUGUUUAGAUGACGAGCUCAAAGCUCACAAGGCUGUUAUUUCAGCACGAUCUCCAUUCUUUCGGAAUUUAUUGCAAAGGAGGAUACGGACUGGUGAAGAAAUCACAGACCGAACUUUGAGGACUCCCACAAGAAUUAUAUUAGAUGAGUCCAUUAUACCAAAAAAAUAUGCGAAAGUGAUAUUACACUGUAUGUAUACUGACAUGGUGGACCUCUCCGUUUUGCACUGUAGCCCCUCUGUGGGGAGUCUCAGUGAAGUUCAGGCUCUUGUUGCAGGGAAGCCAAACAUGACUAGGGCAGAAGAAGCCAUGGAACUUUAUCACAUAGCACUGUUCUUGGAAUUUAACAUGCUUGCACAAGGCUGUGAGGAUAUCAUUGCUGAGAGCAUCUCUUUAGAUACCUUAAUUGCCAUCCUCAAGUGGAGCUCGCACCCAUAUGGCUCUAAAUGGGUGCACCGACAAGCUUUACAUUUCCUCUGUGAGGAAUUUUCCCAGGUCAUGACUUCGGAUGUUUUUUAUGAACUCAGCAAAGACCAUCUGCUUACUGCUAUCCAGUCUGACUACCUACAGGCAAGUGAACAAGAUAUCCUUAAAUAUCUGAUUAAGUGGGGCGAGCAUCAGUUGAUGAAAAGAAUAGCAGACAGAGAGCCAAACUUACUGAGUGGCACUGCGCACAGUGUGAACAAAAGAGGUGUCAAAAGGCGAGACCUGGAUGUCGAAGAGCUUAGAGAGAUUCUUUCUUCUCUUUUACCUUUUGUGCGAAUGGACCACAUCUUACCAAUAAACAGUGAAGUCCUAAGUGAUGCAAUGAAAAGAGGCUUGAUUAGUACCCCUCCAUCAGAUAUGCUUCCUACAUCAGAAGGUGGAAAGUCGAACGCCUGGUUACGACAAAAGAAUGCCGGAAUUUACGUUCGUCCUCGUCUGUUCUCGCCCUACGUGGAAGAAGCCAAGUCAGUGCUAGACGAGAUGAUGGUGGAACAAACAGAUCUUGUACGUUUGCGAAUGGUUAGAAUGUCUAAUGUGCCAGACACGCUUUACAUGGUCAGUAAUGCCGUGCCCCAGUGCUGUCACAUGAUCAGCCACCAGCAGAUCAGCAGUAACCAGUCCAGCCCUCCUUCAGUGGUAGCCAAUGAAAUUCCAGUUCCUCGUCUCCUCAUUAUGAAAGACAUGGUGAGACGCCUGCAGGAACUCCGACACACCGAGCAGGUGCAGAGAGCCUACGCUCUGAACUGCGGUGAAGGGGCCACCGUCAGCUAUGAAAUUCAGAUUCGAGUGCUGAGAGAGUUUGGUCUCGCAGAUGCUGCUGCAGAGCUCUUGCAGAAUCCUCACAAGUUCUUUCCUGAUGAACGCUUUGGGGAUGAAAGUCCGCUCUUGACAAUGAGACAGUCUGGGAGAUGUCGAGUUAACAGUACCCCUACUGCGGAAACCAUGUUUACAGAUCUGGACUCUUUUGUGGCCUUCCAUCCACCCUUGCCGCCUCCACCACCUCCAUACCACCCCCCAGCUACUCCAAUCCACAAUCAGCUCAAAGCAGGCUGGAAACAGAGACCUCCCAAUCAGCAUCCUUCACGUUCGUUUUCUUAUCCCUGCAAUCACUCGCUGUUUCACUCCAGAACCGCUCCUAAAGCUGGCCCCCCUCCCGUCUAUCUGCCAGGUGUUAAAGCAGCAGCACCUGAUUGUACCAACACCACAGGCCUGGGGAGACAGACGGUAGCUGCUGCUGCCGCUGCCGCUGCCUCCACAGCAGCAGCAGUUGAGAAACAAGUGUGUACGCAACCUGUGCUCAAUGAUCUAAUGCCAGACAUCGCCAUGGGCGUGUCCACACUGUCCCUCAAGGACAGGAUGCUUCCAGAACUUGCUGUCGAUACAGAAUUAAGCCAGUCAGCUUCUGAAGUAGGACCGGGGCCUCCCCAGCAUCUAUCAUGUAUUCCACAGAGACAUAUACACACUUCUCGAAAGAAACACAUGCUAGAGCAAAAAACAGAUGCUCGUGAAAAUCAGCAGGAAUAUCCAGACUUCUAUGACUUCUCAAAUGCUGCUUGCAGACCUUCUACUCCAGCUCCUGGCCGACACACCCCUUCCCCUUCACAUGGUGGGUAUCUUGGUCCCGACUUGUAUAGCCACAAUAAGGCAUCACCAGGUGGCUUAAAGUCAGCCUACCAGACCUCUCCUAAAAAGCAGGAAGAAGGUAGGAGAGAGUAUCCACUUUCCCCGGACGGGCAUAUGCACAGGCAGAAGAAUGAGCCGAUACACCUCGAUGUCGUUGAGCAACCUCCGCAGCGGGCAGACUUUCCUUCGGCAGCCCCAGACAGUGCUGGCAGCGGUCCAGCCCAUGUCCGGGGACGAACAGCAGUAGAAACGGACUUGACUUUUGGGCUGACUUCUAGCAGACCUUCACAUUCUGCAUGUAGCUCUGAAGCUCCAGAGGAGAGAUCCGGGAGAAGAAUGGCAGACAGCGAGUCUCUGGGCCACGGAACUCAGCGAAACGCAGAGCUGGAACGGGAAGAUUCGAUGAGCAGAGGAAGGAGGUCACCGAACAAGCCCGACUUCCUCUACAAAAAGUCCGCCCUCUGAGAGCAACCUCCACGUCGUCUGUGCCUGAGAUGUGAAACAUCCCAUUUCCUGAUGUGACCCGACAACUUAGAGACCAGCCUAUCGAUGCCAGCGGAUAACUUAGUCUCACGUUAUUUUAUUCCAGUUUUUGUAUAUACAUGUUUAUUAGACGUGGCAUGCUAAGAGGGUUGUUUUGAAUGCUGCAUCUGUUUUGUGUUUGAACAAUUGUGUGGGGAAGCAAUUUUUAAGAGCAAGCAGGCUGGCACUUUUUUUUCUCUUAACAAAUGAUGGAAUUUUUUUGCACUUGUACUUUUAUUUUAUCUGUAUUGAUUUUAUAUCAGUAUGUUAAACACUUUAUUGCCACAUUGAAAGGACUGUAUUUUCAUACUUUUUUGCAUUUUACCUUUCAUCUCCCAGUUUCCAAGUGCAUUGAACUGCACACCAAGAUGUAUUUUCUUACGAAAUAGUUCUGUGUUUAUUUUUAAUUAUAGAAAUUCCAAAGAACAGCACAUCAAAAUGCUCCUCUCUUUUCAGUCACUGUUUUAGUUCAGAAAUCUUCCCUGCUCAACCUCCAUAAUCCACUGUCAUUUUUUAAAAUAAGUCUUGGGGGCUGGUCUUGGGGCUGGUCUUCAUUCCUCCAGCGGGAGCCCCUUCAGGAUCCUGAAGUUUUCUAGUUCGGUAAACAGCAGAAAGGAGUAAAGCCUUUUGUACCCAGGCUCCAGCUGCUGCUUUGCUCACAGCAUGGACGCUGCCAGAAUAACUGCAGGUUCUGGAGUCAUAAAGCAGCGGAAGUCUGGAAGUAACUUCGGGGUGAGACUGCGGGAUUUCGGAUUCUGAGCGUCCCUCUCGGCUGAGCGGGCAAUGACUGCUUGCUGCCUUCAGUUGUCUUGCUCUCUGUGGGGAAAAAACACAAAAACAAAAAGGGCUUCAGUCUUCCGGAUGUCGUUUGGUGUUCGUAAGCAUAUGUUUUCUUUUAAGUGUUUUUCAGUGCGUCUGGAUUUUGGUGUCCCAUAAACAGUUGUUGCGUAAUGCAUAAUGCUUUGUCACCAGAAAAGAAAGAGGAAUUUUUUUUUUUUUUUUUUUUUUUGCAGUGAAACACUACAUGUCCUACUUGAACUCCACUGGGGACGCUGGUUUGGGAUUCCGCUAAACCACUGAGCACAUGGGAUCUUUAGGAUUCUCUCCCUUGGAAGGGCAAUGUGUGAGCUAAGGACUGUUUCUUCCUUACUCUCCAAUGUAAAUAUAUUUAGUAUUUGAGUUUUUUAAUCACUUCAACAUUAUUUGAGCACUCACUUUGUAUUUUUACACACGCAUACACACACAAUCGUAGCACUUAGAAGAAAAGAGGCUUUCUGAACAUUCCCUCACGUGAAGGCUGUUCGGGGGCCUCUUUCCUAUGUAUGUGUGUGUGUGUAUAUAUAUAUGUAAGCCUAUAUAGAUAACUAGGAAUCACUCACACUCACUCUAAAAACUAUGCAGGGCUAGGCAGCCUUUACAAGCUACCAUAUAAAUGAAUUACAUGCACUUUUAAGUAAAUAGGUUUCUAUUGGGUGUCAACAACUCUGAUUUCUCCUGAAACUGUAGUUUCUCUUACAGACUUUUCCUACUUUACCCUGUGGAUAUACACUCAGGAAUAAUCUGAUAUUUUAAAAAAUCCUAACAGUAAUAGUCUCGAAGAUGGGAGGCACGUCGGGCGCCCACCGACCCGCCCCUGCUCACGGUCGGCGCAGAGCGAGCCGGCGCGCGCCGGGCCCCACUGCAGAGCCAGCACUAAUCUACUGUAAGUCGGCUGCGCGUCACCUUGGAGGCUCCUUUUUUUUAAAGAUAGAACAACAUAGGAUUCUUGUUUUUUAGGAAGUUUAACUCUUGUAAUAGAGGAUGGUGUCUUUUAAAGCCAAUCUCAGUCUGUCUCUUCAGAAGCAAAAGUUGUUCAUUCCGCCAUAUUGCUUCGUGUGUGUGCGUGUGUGUGUGUCUUGCUACACACUGCUGAUGAGCGUUAUUUGGAUCCAAUUUUAAAUUUCUGUUCUGAAUUCAGCCGAGGCUGCAAAUAAGACUGGGCAGAGUUAGUUCGGGCGGGAAAGUACUUUCUCAUCUUUGACCUGUUUUUUAAAAACUGCAGCGCAGAGCCUUGAUGCCACACACUCACUUUUCUGAAAGUUUAUUAAAUAUUCUUUCAUAUCCCCAGGAUGUAAUUGUAAAAUAAGUGGCCACUAUUCAUAGCUUUAUUUUAUUUAUGAAGGUAUGACUUACUCUGUUACCUGGCUAACUGCGUGUAGAGAAACUGCUUUACUCCACAGCAGUGUGGACUGAUGGCACCUGCAGAAGGUAAAGGGACGUGGUUGUGUGUGUCUGUGAAGGGUGGUGAAUAGGGCAGGUGGCCUUUGAACCCAUCUAUUCAAUCUCUUUUAAUGCUUAUUACUAAGCAUUAAAGUCUUUUCAUCUUUUGAUGCUGUACUAAGAUAAAUGUGAAGUCUACGUAAGACUGUUCUCAGAAAAAAAAUGUAUAUAUAGGUAUACCAUCAAAUUUAGGCCCCAGGAACUGGCAUUUUACUUGGCAUGGAAAUGUCACGAGAACCAAAUCUCAAAACACCAGAUCUCCUCUUGAGGCCACAGACAAUCAGGCCGCAGACAAUCCACCUUCGGUGCCCUCUGUGUCGGGGUCGGAGAAUUCCCAUGUAGAUCCAGGAGCGGAAAAUGAAGAGCCACCUUUCUUCACGAUGCUCUUGGUCUGUUCCUUAUAUUUUUGUGAUUUUGGUGACUGUUGUAAGUUCAAAGUCACCUGUGGCCCCUAAGGGGGAGAAAGUAGCAGCAUGAAAAACAAAGGUUACUCCUGAGUAGUAGUUUUCCGUGUAUCAUACCCCUGGAGCUUUUUCUAGCCACGCGUCCCUAGACCCCAACUCUCCUGACAUUUUGAUAACCAGUUAAAUUUUAAGGGUUUUCAAUGAGUUCUUUUAUAUUUAACUCUACAAAGAACUCAGUGACACUUUGUUUUGUUUUGUUUUUGUUUUUGUUUUUGUUUUUUUUGCUUCCUCAGAAACUUACAACAAUUGCUGUCUUUUAUAGAAUUUGUUUUUGACUUGUUCAAGUUCUAGCAAUAGGCAGGACUUGUCCAUUGGAACUGAGGUGGUGAUUCGGAGUACGAAGGGCUGAGGGAUGCAGCAGCAGCAGGGGACACACGGUGACCUCUGUCAGGCUCUUGAGUGAAGGAUUAGCAUUCUCAGUAACUACUCCGCAAAAUACAUUUUUCAUAAUGUUUAAUCUGCCCUGUAGGGAAAAUGUGUUUCAUGAAACACAUGUAAGAUACUCAUUUUGCAAUUCUAAGGCAUUCAUGUUUCCAGCUAAGAACUCACGUUAAAGGGAUACGUUUAUUUGACUUUUUAAAAAAUUGAGUUGACUUUCAAGUUUCUGCUGAAAAUUACUGUUAAAAUAGCAGUGAUGGGUGCUAUUCCCGGUUCUGCAAUGGUUUACUUUGUCUACUAAGAAUUUACUUUGAAACCUCAUUAUAGAUCAUCUUACUAAAAGAAUUACCACACACACCGCUAAAAGGUAUUUUACUGUUUUCCAUUAACACUCAUGUGAACAAUGUUUUAUGAAAUGUUGUCUUUUCGUCUGAUUGCAGUAGCUGUCAUGUAAUUGUUGUGUUGGCAAGUCUUUUGAUUUUUUUUUCCUCUAAAAAACCCAAAACUGUGUGUCAAUCUUCCAUAUUCUGAAUAUUAUAAUGCUGUGGCUGUUUCUGUAGAACGAUGACUUGCACGUGUGUGUCUUGAAAAUAACCUCGUGUUCGCGUGCUCAUGUGGGUUCUGUCUCAGAGGCGAGCUCGGGCGCUCUGGACGCUUCGUUGUGCCCCACACCAGCUGCGCACCUGGGUUCCACGGGCAGGCGGCCCCAGCAGCCUGCCCUGAGACGGGGCGGCUGAAAGACAAAGAUUCCCCACUCCAUGUGCUGUUUCUGUGCCACAGCUUUACUUCCAAGAGGUGGUAUCUUCUCCAACACUGCAUUUCUUGUGGUUGUGCUGUUACUGGUAUAAAGUCAAGUGCCUUCAAUGCUAAAGGCUCAGAAAUUUUUCUUAAACUGAUUUCCUGUCCUAUGCAAGUGUUUUCUACAACCUGCAUAACUAGUACUUUGUAAAACUUGUUUACGCUUCAAUUGUACAUAGUGUUUUUUAAAGAAAUAUAUAGUAUUUUUAUUUAGGUACCUCCAGACUUGAAUUGGUCCGUGUGAAGCAUUGUAAAACGAUACGUUCUCUUAUGAGUAUCAUCACGGUUGUACAAAGGUUUUCACUGGUUCUAUUUUUCUACUGUUACUGAUGAGCAUGUACCACUGACUAUCCCGCACAUAGUUGGCAUUUCAAAUAAACGGCUUGUAUAGAACCUGCUGAGUUGGA